AUGUUAUCCCAAGGUCCUCCGUAUGCUCCUCGCAAUCAAGGCCUCGGUGGUAAUCCAGAAGUCAUACCCGACGUUCCUAUUACUGCGAUCUUCCUGGUGCUCUAUCUUGUCUUCGGUAUUAUUCACAUCAAGAUCUUCAAGGCGAACAAGGGCCGCGGGCACAAGUUCAUCUUCAAUGGCGCCAUUCUCGGUCUCGGGAUCGCUGCGAAUGUCUUCGUAUACGUAGGAACCAUCAUCUUGUUUAUGAUAGACUGGUUCUUCGUGCAGCGAAUAGUACGCGCGCAACACCAACGCCUAGGCUGGUCGACUCCAUACCGCAUCUUCCAUCGCGGUGCACUUGCUGUCUUGGUCAUCACUUUGAUCAUGAUUAUCUUGGUCAACAUCUGGCAGUUCUUCACUGCUAGUAGCACGAAGUUGCAUGUGUUCCGCGCUCUACAGCUUACUGGUCAAACCUACUUCACCGUCUUCUGCUUCGCACCGGCGAUUCUCGUACUGAUCUCUGGACUGAUACCACGUACGGAGAUUGAGAAGUUUGGUGCCGGACGCCUCAGAGUCAACAUCGCAAUCCUACUGAUCGCGGUGGCUGUUUUGACAACCGGACAGCUGUUUCGCUGUGUGAUCGCCUGGAUACCUCAGACACCCGUCUUCAACUCCGCGGGCCAGCCUAUCUCCCAGCCAUGGUAUCUACACAAGGCAUGCUUCUACAUAUUCAACUUCGUCACCGAGAUCAUCGUCAUUGUCAUGUUUGCGCUUGUCCGCGUCGACCUUCGCUUCCACGUACCAAACGGAUCAAGAGUUUCUGGAGACUACUCGGGCCGUAAUAGCCGAGUAAACCUCACAAGCGCUUCUAACGUCCAUAGCCAUCUCAGCAUCAGCCAUUCGAUCAAUAAGAAGGGCCUUCCUUGCGAAGCGCCCACCGUACCCAUGUCGCAGCCCAACGGAUCGACCGAAACACUGCAUCGAUAUGAGACAUCGGUCUUCGAGGACACGCAUACGCUGGCCGACUCGCUACAAUACACUGGUUCCACAUUGGAGGUGGAUCGCAAGACUGGCAACUGGAAAGUCAAGAGGCUUUCAGGCACGUCCGUAAGCAGUCGCAGUAGCAACUACUCUUUGGCAGAUACAGUCAGUCCCACGAAGUCGUCGUUCAACGACCGGAGCAUCAAAUUCGCAGAUGACGUCCCACCAGUCCCACCAGUCCCAGAGAUACCAAGCGAAUGGCCGCUGCCAAGCCAUCGGCCAUCGCAUAGCUCAAUAUCGCACUCCAGUUCACUGAGUAGGAUAGGCACCCCCAAAAAGACAUUCGAGAUUGCAAAUCAUGGCUUCAAUGGCGUAGACGUAGGCAAUACAAUCGAAGAUGCAUUGGCUGCACUAGAAACAAACAGCGAGCAGUAUGGCAAACUUCCGAGACGGGCGAAGACGGAUGCUACGAGGACUGCGAACAUCUCCGCAAUAUCCAGGCCAGGUAGCACUCAUGCGGUGCAACGCCGAUCCGACUCCCUGAAUGCCAGCAAGUCUAAGCCGACCAAGAAUCCCCUCGCACCACAACAGCGCUCAACAUUCCCACCCAAGUCCGCUCUCAAAACGUUCAAGAAUCAUGCUAGCACGCACAGCGUCUCCUCCACCACGCCCACCAUCGACGAAGCGCCAGAAGUAACUCUCCAACCUCUUCCCACUUCACAGAUUCCACGCCGCCGCACUUCAAGUAUCGAAUUCAUCACGCUGUCCCGCAAACCCAGCACCGACGGCCGCAAGAUCAUCGACAUGAGUCUGCAGGGUGACAAAGCCAGCGAUAUUUCAAGGGCCCCUUCGUCAAAGGAUAUGAUGGCAUCAUCGACAGAGGGAUCGGAAAUUGCUCGAGUGUCGUCGUCGGUGGAUAGUGAGGGCACGACGAGCUGGGAUGCGAAAGAUCAUAUGAUGAUGGAAGAGAGUCAUCAGAGGUUUAGCUUUGAGCCGCAGAGGCUGUAUUAG